CUGUGACAUAACAGAGGCAUAACAAAGAGAUAAGGUCAUAAAUCUCAUAAAGCCCAAGAGAGUGUAUGUGUGUGAAAGGGAGAGAGUGUGAGCUUGUGUAAGAGUGAAAGAAAGUGUGGCAAUGGCAUCCACAGCAUCGACUCUUUCAUGGAGUUCUUCCUCAUUGCUUCAAAGCUUCGCUGCAAACACAAACGAAGCCUGUAAAUUGUCAGAUAGAAGAACGGGCUUGGUGGUUUUCGCUCAAAAGAAAGCCAAGAAGGCUCGAACGAUAAUUCUCAAGGAGGAUAUAGCUGACCUGGGAAAGAAAGGGGAGCUUCGUAGUGUGAAAGCUGGUUAUUACAGGAAUUAUCUGCUACCGUUGGGCAAGGCCCAGCUUGUCACUCCUGUGCUGCUCAAGGAAAUGAAGAUGGAAGACGAAAGGAUUGAGGCAGAGAAAAUAAGGGUAAAAGAAGAGGCGCAGCAACUUGCUAUUAUUUUUGAAACUGUUGGAGGUUUCAAGGUGAAGCGCAAAGGUGGAAAAGGAAAGCUAAUUUUUGGAAGUGUGACCCCGCAAGAUCUCGUUGACAUAAUCAAGGCACAACUUAACAGGGAUGUGGACAAGCGAAUUGUUUCUCUUCCAGAUAUUCGAGAGAUAGGAGAGUAUAUUGCAGAACUGAAGCUUCACCCAGAAGUGACUGCUAAAGUGCGGGUGAUCGUUUCUGCUAACUAGGGAUAAGCACGUUCUGGAGUUGUCUUUGGAGGCCCACUUGAAUAGAGAAGAUGAAUUUUUGAUGUGUUUAUGCAGGAUGUACAUGGCCAAAGUACUAUCAACAUCAUGAAAUCUAAUGAAAGUGGAGGGUGGCUGUAAUCUAAUGAAAGUAUAGAUGUAUAAAUCUGAUUUACCUUCGGCUGUGCCAAUGUAUGUUUAUUCCUCAUUGGAGGGUGGCCUUUUGAUGAGAAGCCAUCUCUGGACAAUUCUUUUUCCAUUUUCUAUAUAAACCUUUUUUUUGGGCAA